GACCAUCAUGGCUGCCACUCGCUGAGCUGUCAAGCUCUCCACAAAAGAAAAGAAAGCUGAAAACCCACGGUUUCAAUGGAUACUUCUGCAGCUACCUCCACAGGAGAUAAUAAACACCGUUUCAUCAAGAGGACUAGAAACUGGCACAAACGGCUCCACCUCAGGAAGACCGCCGUUCAGCCCCCAACUAUGCAAAGUAAAGAUAAGCGUGGACCAAAGAAGAUAGCAGAAGAAUGGGAGCAAAGCAAAGUGUGGCCUUCAUCAAAGAAGACCCCCCAGAAAGCACAGCAGGCUAAGCACAGGACAAAUGACAGCGGAAAUACACUUAAGUUCAUAUGCUCUCAAUGCAGGGACAACUUGGAAUAUGUUCCCAAAGAUUUGGUGAGACACUUUGAGGAAAAACACAGAGGGAGCUCACCAGUUUUUUCCUGUCAUAUGUGUGCUUUUAACACACACGACUUCUCCUGUCUACAGGUUCAUCUGUUAAGCCACAAGGACACUUUUUCUAGUUGCAGCAUUUGUAAUGACAACGUUCAACGCACAUGGCCAGAAUUCAGUGCACACCUGACUAACUAUCACUGCCAUAAUGGCAAAUAUUCAUGUGAAAUGUGUCAGAGAUUCUCCACAGAGGACGUUAAAGUAUUUUUAGAACACAUAUGUGUGCAUAAUUUGGGCGUGGAAGGAGCUAAUGAUGAUCUGUUGCCACCCACGAAGGACAAGAAACAGAUUGGGCCUAAAGCAACCACUCAGACUUUAUGUUGUCAGCACUGUGGCUAUGAGGCGUCUCAGAAAUGGUUGAUUACUAAGCACAUUAAAGCUGCCCAUGUUUGCCAGAAUGGUAAUCAGAGGAAGAAGAAGAAGGAGCUUCAUUCCAUAGCAAUGAAACCAAAUGACCCAAUCCCAAAAAUGAAGCCUAGAUUAACAAGAAGUGCAGUUAGGGAAAUGUGCUGGCUGACACAGGACUGCCUGUCUCUGCCAGGGAGAGAAUUCCUGGAUAAAUACUGCCAUCUGUCAGAUCCACAAACAACACUAGAGGAGACUCAGCAGUUUUUGAUGAAAUCUGUUGCCGGGGAAACCGGUGACCAGAAAUGGACCAAGGCUCUUAAGACUGUUUUGUCAAAUGUCCCUCAAGAAGUGAAUCUUCACCCAAAGUCGGAGAAUGGCAUCAUGUCGAACUCAUCGGAUCUCACUGUCCUCACGGUCAAGAACAAGAUAACUGUAGCUCAGCACGGUGCUGCUUAUGCCAAAAGAUUGAAAAGGAUGACGUCAUCAGAUAAAGAAACCGUUUUCCCCGAAAGUGCUGCUGAUGAUACCCGGGGUGUCAUUGACCAAAAUGGGUGUCAGUCAAAUUUGAACGAUCAUAUACCUUGUCCACAGAUUGAAACCAAACUACAUAAUGAUGUCUCAGUGUCAGCCCAGAGUGAGGCAUCCGAGUGCACUCAAAUGCAGGAAAACAGAGAGAAUCAGGAAUUAAAGGCUGAUAAGGAAAUUGAGGAACAUGGUAAAAAACACCAGGAGCCUAUGCAUGAAGAAGUGAUUAAUAUCUCCAGUGAGCUUAAGCUGAAAAAGGAGAGCGCAGAGCAGACAUCCAUUCAUAAAGUCCUACCAAAAAAUAAGAGACGGAAAAGAAGACGGAAACGAAAGACAGCAUCUAAAAAAGUGGAUAAAAGAUCAUCAGGACUGCCCUUAAAGAUAGUCUUGAAGAAGAAUCCUGUAAAGGAGAAGCAGUGGGUGUCACAAAGCUCCCUGUCUCCAUCAGGAGAUGGUGCCAUGGAGGACUAUCAUGGGCUGCCAAGUCCUCAUAGAACAAUGGAGACGACAGCAAAGCUUCUUCAAAAUGCGCCGCUGACAGAAGUUCAGCAGAAGAAAUGGACCAAAGCUUCCAAGACUGAUCCUACUGAAGGCAUCACUUCAGCUCUGCAAUCGAAACCAGGGGAAGAGCUCAUCCCUGGUUGUGCCGCAAAGCCAUCGGGGUCUAAAAAUAUGGCCGAAAAUGAGCCUGGCAUGCUCGGAGGCUCGUCGUCGACCCAUCAAGAAAUACAAGAUGACGCAGAGAGGUCGCAAAAUUUCUCAGAAACAGAGGUUGACAAGAAAAGUUCAGCUGCUAAGACGGGACAGUCAAAUUCGACAGCUGAAGUAGAGAUGUGCCCCAAGAACGUACCCUUCCAAACAUCAGGCAGUGGCAUGGACUGCCAUGUGUCGGACAAUAAGAGGAGUCCAGCAGCUGGUGGAGUGACUCCUCAUAGCAGUUACACACAGUCUUCCCCUGUUUCCCAACCUGUUAUUACACCACAGGGUAAUUUAAAUCUGGAAGAUCCAAGUCUUGCUCUUUGUUUAGAUCAGAGAGAGACAGAAGUGCCUGCAGACUCCUGCCCAGAUCUCUUGAGCAGCACCCAUUUGCCUGUGGGGAAAGCCAUCCAACAGGAGCCCUCACCAGCCUCUGGGCAUCGGUGGCAACCGGCCCCAAGAAACCAAGAGAGGACCCUGAAGUUAGUAGCCAUAAAUCCAUCUCAGUUGGUAAAGCGUCCAGCGGGAGACCAGCCUGUCGUGGUGCUAAAUCAUCCAGAUGCCGACAUCCCUGAGGUGGCCAGGAUCAUGGAGGUCGUCAACAGGUACAGAGGAGAGGUGCAGAAGGUCAUGCUGUCCCGCAGGACUCUGAAAGCUCUUUCAUCCAUGAACAGCAAGGUCCCUGAGACAAAUGACCCAACAGAUGCCCCAGCUGACUCUGUGCGGCUGGGUAAUAACUCUGUACAGGAGAGGUUUAUUUUGAAGAUGAAACUUCGCAGGUUGAGCAGGAAGAAGUAUGAAGUAGUGGGCGCAGUCUCUCCCAGCAGGGACGUUGCAACAAAGUUUCGCUGCUGGUUUUGUGGCAGGGUCUUUGCGAGUCAGGAAAUGUGGAUGGUCCAUCGGCAGCGACAUCUGAUGGAGUGGAAAAGGCCAAACUGUGAAAACUCUUGAAUGUCGCACACACUGGAUGAAAAACAAAAAAAAAACUAGUCUGGAAAUAAGACGACGUUGCAAUACAACAAAGUAAUAAUGGAAACCGUGAUUAUCCAGUCUCCUCAGUUUUUUAAGGUCUUAAUAAAGAGUGGGUGUUGUUUUUUUUUUUUGUUUUUUUGAGGAGAAUCAAAUCAUUGUCAUGCUUCCUGGAGGAUUCAUGUUCUCAGGGUAAUUUAAACAUUUACCUUUGUCUCUCUCCCAGUAGCUUGAUAUAAACUCUCUCUACAGCCACAUGGAUGUGGUGUUGACAAUUUAGUUCUUUGUAUUUUUUUUGUAUUUUGUCUACGCAAUAGCUUUAUUUAAGGUGAUUUAAGUACACUGUCGUAUGGAAUCUUGUAUAGAACACUGUCAUGUAUAUUUGCCAUACCAUCUUAUGGAUCAGUUUAUGUACGGGUAGGCUAUACAGUGUGGUAGCUAUAAUAUUUAUGUUUUUGGAAUGGGACGCAGAGACCCACAGGUUACUCAGAUAUACCAAAACUGUGUUUAAAAACAAAAAAAAGGACAAUAAGCUGUUUUAUUCAACAUUUAUUUAUGAACUUAGAUUUAGUCUUUAUAUACUUUUCUUUAUGCUUUUUUUGGGCCUUUGGAUGAAUCUGGAUUUGUACAAUUUUUGUAUUAACUACAACGAAUUAUGUACAAAUCUGUAGUAGGUAUAUUUUCAUUUUCAUUCAUUCAGUGGAAGCAGAUAUCCCUUUAGACACGAUUAAUUUUAAAACGUAAACCGGUGUUUUGUGAUGUAGAUCAAAUACUUGGAUUUUUAAAGAUUAAGAGGCCUGGAUGAUUUUUUUUUUUUUUUUUUUUUUUUUUUUCUUCUCAGCGAGUUUCCUCUCGUUUGACUUGAAAUGAUAAUCUUAUCUUUUAAUUGCACUAUGAAAGGAGGAUUUAUAUUUCCUGUUACCUCACCUUAUCAGGCCUAAGCCUUUUGACAAUCUCAACCAGUGUCCUACUGUGGCUAAACAUUUCCUUACGCUGCCAUGAUCCCUCAAUAUUCACAGCAAAGGGAACUGUGGCUCCUCUGUAUGUGUGUGUGUCAGUCAAGGAGAAUUGGACAGAUGUACCUAAAUUGUGCAUGUAUCCCCGGCUCUGGAGUGUCAGUAACUCGCUGUAUAUGUAUAUAUCUAUACAUAUAUACAUACAUAUAUAUAUCUAUAUAUAUAUACUUUUUCAAUUUAGAUAAAAGAUUUAUAAUUGUAUAUAGUCCAGCUAGAGGUACUGUAAAAUAUUACCAGAGAAUUUUCACCAAGUGCCUAGGAGUUUUUAUUAUGCAACCGAUGUGCAUGAGUAUGAUAGCAUUACUUGUUGAACGGAGAAUAAAUGAAGCUGUUGUCAUUUCCUGGUUGUUUUUUGUGAUGACUGAAGAUGUGAGCUGAGUGAUGAAACACAAGAAAAGAGUUUUAUUAAAACAAAAUAUACAA